CGUAGCAGCACUGCAGCGCUCUGCUCAAGAGGGAGAGCGAGAGCUGUCUACGGUAAUGUUCCAUACGCCCUCUCCGCCCCUGCUGCUCAAGAGGGAGAGCGAGAGCUGUCUACGGUAAUGUUCCAUACGCCCUCUCCGCCCCUGCUGCUCGAGAGACAGGUGGUCGGGACACAUGCCUUCAUCCUCGAGCGCUCCCCGGUUAAAAUAAGAAAACAAAUCGGUUGACAAGACAGCGGUGGGACUGCUGUCGUGAGGCAAGCGCGUCCCUGAUGGAAUUGGAGCCGGUGACCUCCGCGCAGCGAGCACCGGGCAGAGGAGAGAGAGGGGAAAGCAAGUUGGCGAGAGAAUCUCACCGAUUUACGUUUACGUUUCUCACCAUGACUAUUGCGCUGGCUGCUUUUCCGCCACAGCGGAGGGGAUUGUUAUUCACUUACAGAAGGAAGAAACACACAAACCUCUGAGGCAAACCGUAGAGCGAGCAUUACCGGGAAUUUCCUUUUGUUCCAUUAUUCGUUUGGAUCCUAAUAGCUGGUGGAAGUUGUCUCGUGAGGGUUAUGAUGGCUUCGGGUACUGGUAAAGCCCCGCAGCUCCCCGGCCCAGGCUCCGGUAGCCUUAACGGGACUGCAGCAGACUUACCGAACAUAGAACAGGAGCUUUAUGAUUAUCAGAUGCAUGGCAAGAUGUGCAAGAAGAUAGCUCAGCUAACCAAGGUGAUAUAUUCUCUGAACACUAAGAAUGAAGAGCAGGAGGCGGCCCUUCAGACCGUCAGCCACGCCCGCCAGGAAGAGCUGAGGCGGGUUACCACGGAGACGUGUACCGAGGGGGAGGAGUCGGUAGUGCUUAGGACACGCCUCUCAGAGCUGCAGGAAACUCUUGCUCAGGUUCAGGCAGACUUUGAGAACUACCGUGUCCAGGCAGAGGAGAGGGAUCGUGGGGUAGAGGCAGAGCUGAGGAGGGACUAUGAGGAAAAGCUCCAGGCUCUGGAGCUGGAGAGACAAGAGGCCCAGACCCAACUCAACACGGCCCACGACGAGAGCCUCCGGCUGGGGAGAGAACUGGAGACGGCUGGGGAGGCAGCACAGUGCCUGGAGGUCCAAUGUGACGAACUACGGAGGAAAGGAGAAGAGGAGCGAGGGAAGGGGAAGGAGGAGGAGACAGAGAGAAUGCUACUCCUCUCGGAGGAGGUGAAGACUCUGAGGAAAGGGAAGGAGCAAGCGGAGGAAGAGAGGGAGAGAGCAGUGAGAGAGGAGAGGGAGAGAGCAGUGAGAGAGGAGAGGGAGGAGUGGGAGAGGGAGAGAGCAGUGAGAGAGGAGAGGGAGAGAGCAGUGAGAGAGGAGAGGGAGAAGUGGGAGAGGGAGAGAGCAGUGAGAGAGGAGAGGGAGAAGUGGGAGAGGGAGAGAGCAGUGAGAGAGGAGAGGGAGAAGUGGGAGAGGCGGAUGAAGGAGGUGACAGAGGAGAAGGAGGAGUUGAAGAGGAGCAUGGAGGAGGCGUGCAGGGAGGAGAGACGGCAGUGGGAGGAGAGAGAGGAGGUGGAGAAGAGAGGGAUGAGUACAGUACUGAGAGAGAGGGUGAGGAAGGCGGAGGGAGAGAUGGAGGGCAGUCUGCAGCGACUCAACGAGAGCAAGAGACACGCUGCCAAACUACAGGACAGAAUACAGGACCUGGAGGAGGAGUUGGAGUCGGGGAGGAGGCGUGUCUCGGAGGCAGAGGGUGGAGCUAAGAGGGCAUGGGAGGAGUUAGUUGUGGCCAAAGAGAGACUACUGCUGCAGGAGGAGGAGCUGCAGAGCAAAUCAGAGGAGCUGCUGAGUCGUGGUGUGUGUGAGGGGUGUGUGUGUGUGAACGUGGAGGAGUUGAAAGGUCAGGUGAACAAACUGCAGAGCAGGAACAGAGAGCUGGAGUUACAGAGCAGAAACCACGACCACGCCAGGCAGAUACGCCAGCAUGCGGAGGCCCUGGCUAGUCUGCGUUCUGAGAUGGUGAGGGCUCAGUCCGAGGAGCUCCGGAGAGAACGGAAACACGCAGAGGUGGAGAAGAAACAAAUGCAGAAAGAGAUGGAGGAAGAGAGAGACAAACUGCAGAAAGAAAGAGAAGAAGAGAGACACAGACUGCAGAAAGAAAGAGAAGAAGAGAGAGACAAACUGCAGAAAGAAAGAGAAGAAGAGAGAGACAGACUGCAGAAAGAAAGAGAAGAAGAGAGAGAACGCCUGCAGAAAGAGAUAGAAGAGGUGAAAGGAAGAGUGACAACCCAGAUGGAAGGAAACACGGAGCUAGUGGAGGAGGAGAGAGAGAGUCUGAACCAGGAGAAGAAGAAAUUGGCAGAGCAGGCGGAAGUAGAGAGAAAGCGAUUGAAGGAUCAGGCGGAGGAGGAAAGAAAGCGAUUGAAGGAUCAGGUGAAGAGAGCGAUUGAAGAGGUGAUGAGGAAACAUGCAGCUGAGCUUCACAACGCCCAGGAAGCACUGAGGAGAAACCAAGAGCAGGUGUGUGUACGUGUGCAGGAGGAGAGGAGGAGCAGUGAAGAGGUAUGUCGAAGGCUGGAGACUGAGAGGGAGGAGCUUAGAGACCAGCUGCAGCAGGCAACCAAUCAGAUCUGGCGUUUGGAAGGUGUCAUACAGCAGCAAAGUCAGGGGUGUGUGGCCUCUGAAACUCCUCCCACCUGCGGAAUCCACUGUUCCCACCUCCGAGAGGAUCUACAACACAUACAGGAAGAGAUGGAGCGGCAGAGAGAGAGUUACCAGAGGGAGAUGACAGGCCUGAGAACAGACAAACAGAGACUGGAGGAGAAGGUUCUAGAGCUCAACCGACAGAACCAAGAGAACACAGACACAAACGUUCUAGAACACAGCCAAGAGAACACAGACAGAAACGUUCUAGAACACAACCAAGAGAGCACAGACAGAAACGUUCUAGAACACAACCAAGAGAACACAGACACAAACGUUCUAGAACACAACCAAGAGAACACAGACGAGAGAAUCCGGUCAGAGUGUGAGGAGCGCCUGAGGGCGGAGCUUAAGGCGGAGCUUGAUGCGGCUGUUGCCACGAGCAACCAGAGAGAGCAGGAGCUGCAGACUCAACUAGCCGAUCUCCAAUCACAGGUGGAGAGGAAGGCGGGGCCAGCAGACGGUCACCAUGACGACAGUGAGAUUGACAGGCUGCGAAGGGAGGUGCAGGAGACCAGAGACAUGAACCAGAGACUGAGAGAGCAGUUGCAGGAGGAGCCACAGAGACACUCUGAGGAACGACACGUGGCGGCGUUGCAGGUUCUGGAGAGACGAGCUCAGGAGGAACUGCAGACAGAGAGGAACAGACUACAGACACUACACCUGUUACAGCUAGAUAAGCAGGGUACAGAGCUGAGCCAGCAGUACACAGAGUGGAGUAGACAGUUGACCCAGAGACACAUGAAACACAUCGAAGACCUGCAGACUGAACUACACACACACACAGAGAUGACGGCCCUGCAACAGGACUUGAAGCAGCAGAAUCAAUACCAGGUCUUUGAGCGUCAGCUGGAUGAGAGUCGCUGUGCCGUUCUGGAACUGCAGAGGGAAAACACUGUGCUGAGGGACCAGCUGAGGUCGGGAGAGGAGGCGAUGGGAAGAGAAAGAGAGCAGAAGGAGAGAGAGGAGGAAGCCCAACGACUGAGAGUGGAGGUGGACAGACUGAGAGAGGAGGAAGCCCAACGACUGAGAGUGGAGGUGGACAGACUGAGAGAGGAGGUGGAGAAACGGGAAGAGGCUCAGAAACAACGGGAGGAACAGAGAGAAGAAGAGAUGAGAGAAGAGGAGGCGCAAAGAGAGAUGGAGGAGAAGAGGAGGGACGAGGAGAAGAGGAAGGAGGAGGAGAACAGGAGAGAGGAGAUGACGAGAAGAGAGGAGGUUGAGGAGAAGAGGAAGGAGGAGGAGAACAGGAGAGAGGAAGAAGAGGAGAGGAGAGAGGAGAUGAAGAGAAGAGAGGAGGAGGUUGAGGAGAAGAGAAGGAAGGCGGAGGAGGAGGAGAAGAGGAGGAAGGAGGAGGAAGAGGAGGAGAGGAGAGAGGAGAUGAAGAGAGAGCACAGGAGAGCGAUACAGAGUCUGGUGUGUGAAUACAGCAGCUCUCAAACAGAGCUACAGACUCGCAUAGUGGCCCUGGAGACAGAGCUGCGGGAGCGUGAGGAGAGGUGCAGAAGGAGAGAGGUUCCUCUCUGUGAUGAUCUCCAGAUGGGAAGACUACAGGAGAGACUCACUGAGAGAAACCAACUCAUCAAACGCUUGGUGGAGGAACGACAUCAGCUGCAGCUUCAUCCUCCGGUUGCCGGGGACAACGGAACCCUCAGGCUCCAUGACAACAGGCCACACCCCGGGAUCGUUACACCAACAAUGAGGAGGAAGCGUGUGGAGGAGUCUCCGCCCCGCGUCUCCAGCAUUCCAAACCUCAGCGCCUACGAGAGGAGCGUCCUCCUCCCCCACGACACCCCCUCCCCCUGCCUCCCCCAACACCCCUCCUCAACUCUGCCCUACGCCUCCUGCUCUCUCCCCCGUUCCUCCCCCUCUCUCCCCCGUACUCCCAGGUCUCCCAGUUUGGAACCCGGCGGUCGCGGCCCUCUCUCUCGUACCCCCACUCCCCUCCCCCCUGCUCCCACCACCCCUCUCCCCCUCUGUCCAUCCCCCCUCCCCGAGCCUCGACACGGGAUUCGACACGUCACCUCACCCUCGCAGGAGCUCCGCCCACACCUGAACAGCCAGCCAACCAGGAGCCCAUAUUUGGAGCAGAGGGGGAGUGACCAGGGGGCAGAGGGGCGGGACCCUCAGAGGCAGGAGUGGUACACCAAGUACUUCUCCUUCUGAACACACACACACACACACACACACACACACACACACACACACACACACACACACACACACACACACACACACACACACACACACACACACACACACACACACACACACACACCCGACAGACCAAAAAUAUGCUUGUUCAAUGCAAAUGUAUUGUAUUAUAACCUAUAAUAUGUAAUAAAGUAUUUUCUUUAUAUUGAA